UAAUCACCAUGGAUGAUCGUUUGAUUGAAUUGUAUAAAGUAAAAGCAUGGUAAUCUAGAUGUCUGGAAGACAAGAUUCAUUUUAAUUGAACAAUUCCAAUUCUUCUUAGGAUGAUGAUUUUAUGCCUUAAUUCUCUGCAAAAAUAAAAAAGGCACAAUAGUGUCUAGAGAGAAUCAAAGAAAAUAAUUUAAGAAUGUAGGAAAUGUCAGAGAAAUAUGCUAGAGCAACCACUUCAUAUGUUGAAAAAGGUACUCUUUGCUUCUAAAAAUUUAUUAGAAUUAUCAAGAGAAUUAGAAUAAAUUAUGGUGCAAAACUAAUAAUUUAGUAACUAAUUAAAAGAAGCUAUGAAAGAUAUCAAAGAUGAUGUUGAAAAGAGUGAAAGAGAUGAGAAAGUAACCAAUUUCGCAUUAUAAGAGGAUCAACCUGAAACCUAAAUGAAAAUUAAUUAGAGAAAUGCAUUAACAAGCAAAGUUUAAGAAGUUUUACAUGCUUCUUCUUAAAUUUCAAUAAAAUAUAAGACUUGUGUGAGAGAGAAAAUUAGAAGGUAAACAAAGAUUUUAGAUGAAAAUGCAACUGAAGAGUUUUUAGAUGAAAUAUGCAAUGAUCCAUAAGUAUGAUAUUUUUAUCAAAUCUCUUCUUAGAAAGCAACUUAACUGUUAUAAGGAAAACUCUAUGGAGAAGCUCCAUCUGUUAGUAUUACUAACGCAGUCUCAGAUAUCUAAGAAAAAUAUAAAGAUAUUUAGUAAUUGGAAAAAGUAAUUAAUUUUAUUAUUUAUUAGUCUGUUUAAUAAGUAUAUUAACUAUUCGUAGAUUUAGCAAUCUUGGUUCAUGCUCAAGGUGAGCAAAUCGAUAAUAUCGAAAUUAGUCUUGGAUCAGCCAAAACUUAUGUUGGUAAGGCAGAAAAAAGCCUUGGGGAUGCUAAGGAUGAUCAUCAAGCAGCUAGAAAGGUAUUUAUACAUAAAAUUCUUUUUAGAAAAUGUGUUGUAUCAUCUUAAUUGGUGUUAUAAUUUUAGCCGUCAUUAUUGGACCAAUAGUUGCCACCGCAUGAUUUAUAUUAACAAUUCAUCCUUAU